UGACGAUUAGUUACGAAGUGCAGUGCGAGAGUGCGGUGCAAAAAUUGCGUCCUUCCUUUCCAUUUAAGUGGCUCUAACGAUAUUUAAACGUACGCAGUAGUUUGUGAGUAUCGCAAGUUGAUGGAGCAUGUGGAGAGGUUAAACUAUCAUGCAUAUUAAUUUUAUAAUUUUGAAGAAAUAACAAAUGACCUUAAUAAUGGGCGAGAGAUCAGAUCAAGCCAUUACGGAGAAUAGUGACGAGGAGAGUGGCGAUGCAUUUACUGAUGGAGAUUUCGAAGAUUCAGAUGAUGAAACUGUCAUCGAACGGAGGGCGUCUAGCAAUACUGCACACAUCCCUCUCAACGAAACGGUUAAUGCUGAUAUUACAAUUGACAAUACAAUUGACGAAACAGAUGAAAGCGGAGAAAAACAAAUUAAUGGUCACACAGAGAUACUGAGCAGUACAUACGAUGAAGAUGGGAUCAAUUUAAACAGGAGCAGCGCGAGUAACGGCAAUAACUCGCUGGAAGACUUGCGCAGGGAUUCUAUGAGCGAUUCCAAUGGAUCGAUCGUUGGGAUUCUCGGAGAUCAACAAAGUCACGCGGAACAGCGGCUGGCGGCGCGGCGCGCGGCGCGGGCGGAGGCGCGCGAGAUCCGCAUGCGGGAGCUGGAGCGGCAGCAGCGCGAGCAGGAGGACCACGCCGACAAGGCGUACGACAUGUACGCGGAGACAGUGGGCCGGCGAGCGGGUAGUCGGCUGGCGGCGAUGAGUCCCGGCGCGCUUCAUUCGCCGCGCCGGAGCUCCGAGGACUCCGAUGACGUGCUCAGUAUCAAGGACCUUAGGCACGAGCUGAAGGAGACCGAGGAGAAGUUCCGCAAGGCGAUGAUCCUGAACGCGCAGCUCGAUAACGACAAGGCGGCGCUCGCCUACCAGCUGGAGCUGCUCAAGGACCGCAUCGAGGAGCUGCACGAGGAGUACUCGCAGCUGCAGCGCGAGCACCGCGAGAAGUGCUCGAGCCACGAGCGGCUGCGGCGCGAGCACGCGGCGCUGGAGCGCGACGUGCGCGCGGCGCGGGACGCCGUGCGCGCGCGCGACGCGGCGGCGGAGGCGGCGGGCCGCGCCUUCGUGGAUGCCGCCGCCGCGCCCGCCGCGCCCGCCGGCCCGCCCUGCGGCGCCGUGCCGCCGCUGGCGCUCGUGUCGCACGCCUCGCGCCGCCUGCUCGACGACGCCGGCGAGGGCACGCUCGACGUGCGACUGGAGCGGCUCGCGAGCGCCAAGGCGUCCCUGGAGAGCGAGGUGCGCAAGCUGAAGCUGCAGCUGAACGAGGAGCGCGCGGCGCGGCAGAACGGCGCGGCGCCCGAGCGCGACGAGGGCGAGCUGGAGGCGCUGCGGCGCGCCGCGGCCGAGGGCAAGGCGCGGGCGGCGCGCGCGGAGGCCGAGGCGGCGCUGCACGCGGCCGCCGUGGCGCGUCUGGAGGCGCAGCUGGCGCGGCUGCGCGCGCGCCAGGACCACCAGGACGAGCACGAGGAGCUGCUCAAGCAGGAGCGGCGCCGCCUGCAGCGCGAGGCGCGAGAGGCACUAAAUCGAGUAGAAGAACUAGAAACGGAAAACAGUCACCUCACGAAACGGCUCGACAAACUCAAAAAUGCUAAAUCUGCGCUAUUAAAGGACCUGUGACAAAACUGACCGGAAUAUAUCAUAAAAUCUAUAGUACACGGCAAUACGAUUGAA